GUCGUGUGUCCAGCCGUGUGGAUUUGUGUUCAGCUGUCUACUUCCAGGCUUCCUGCAGCCCCCUCCAACUCUCACCCUUCCUCUUUUUUUUCUGCUAUUGCUUUGUCUUGUCAACCUUGAGAAGCGCUUGUCUGAGUCCCCCCGGCGGAGGUGGGGACACCGCUGGCCGCAGUGUGAGCCUGUUUUUACGCGCCGCAUUUAAAGGGACUGGGGCAGACAGGCAGGUUUGACAGACCAGUCCGGUUUGGCAUACUGGCGUACGUGCCGCUAGCUGCUGUCUGUUUGGCUGCCUGAAGCACGUGCUCCCCUCACUCAGGGCUGUUGUGGCAUGCGCGCGUGGGUCUCGGCGUGUCCCAGCUGCGUCGUCGUCCGGUUUUGACACAGUUGGGGGUGGGGGUCAGCUACGUCUGCUAUCUGUGGCUGUAUUUCGGUUCUGCUGCUCCUGCACGGCUGGGAUCGCGUGUGCGAACAAGCGACUGCAUUGCCGUGCCAGUUUUACGAACCGUUUCAGGAAAGAGGAAGCGAAUUCAGGCUUGACGGGGGGCUGUGCAGCCGUGAUUUUAAAGCCCCCCGGCUCCAAAGCUGCCUCCGCCCCUUGGCCAGUGUGAAUAGGGUUAGACAGGGAAGGAGGCUCCCCUGGCACUGAUGUCCAGUCUGAUCGGUGACAUGCUCUUCCCUGGGAGAACAGAUAGCACACACAAGAGGUGGACUCAGACCAAGUGGUCCAUCCAACAGCGAUACAUCUGAAAAGGUCAUUUUCUGUGACUCUGGGACUGAGAGGGGAAGACUCUGUGUACAGUUAGUUAUUUAACCAAUAAUUAGUGACAGAGUGUGGCUCUUUGGCUUACUGGCUGCUAUCUGUGAUCAGGCUUACGAAAGGUCACUGGGUUUCAGCAGUUGUUUGUAAAAGCUGCCUUUAUACACCUGUAUGUGGUUUGUGUUUGACUUUGGUUUCCUGAGAGCCAAAACUGAAAAUGCCAUAUAUUACACUGAGGGCCACUCAGGUUGGGUCACACGCAUGCUGAUAGAUGGUGUUUUUUUGUUAAUAAAUGCAAGAACUCAUGGUCCAGCAGUCUGGAAUGUUGAGACUAAAUGAGUAAAUUCUGAGUGCACCUUGGGGGUCACUGCUGGUAGUUGCUGGGUUAAUAAUUGGUUAAAAAGAAAGAUAUACAACUUCUUUUUUCAUAGUUGGCUAACAGACAGCCAUGUAUGUAUUUUUGUAAAGGUAUAGGAACCAGUGUGUUAUGUCAUGCCCAGGUCAUGGCAUUGUGGUUAAUUUGAAAGAAGCUGUCUGGAUAGAUGUUGGUGCGUUUUAAUUGGUACACAGCUGAGGCUGCUAUCCAGAGACUUUUGAUCUCGAGCUUGCCUGUCGGUUACCUACAAAGCAGGAUAAUUUGCAUGAGUUGCUGAGUCCCGCAUCCCCCGGAGGGCAGUCACCUCCCCUUUCAAGCUGGUCAUGUGUUCUGUCGCCAUUCAUCCUCAUCCAAACAUGCCCAUUCCUCCGAGUCUAAUGGUGAAUUCCAUUUUCAGCCCAAAUAUUUUGGUCCGGUGACUUUCUGUUAUUCCACAUGGCAUACAGGAAGUGUCAUAAUUGGGUGCAUUUAGGAAGAAUGCACCACGCAACCCAGUGGUUAAUGCAAUCAGGUUGUUGAGCAACAGUUUAGUUUUCAACAUUUACAUGCCUGCGAACCAACUGCUCUCAUUCCUGGGGUAAAUUCUGACAAUGUACACUAACUGAUUGGUUAACCGUCUAGAGGAGCCUCCUCAGUGACUGGUGUCCAUGACUGACAACUGCUGCAGAGCACAACAUCUAUGUGAUCUGAGCAAGUACAUCCAGAAGACGAUCUGUUGAAGUAAAAUGUCCAGGAAGUCACAAAGGGAUAGAACUGUACCUCAACAAACAAAAUUCCUCUGGCUUUGGCUUUUUGCCAAAUAUUUUUCCCAAGUUGGAUAUAUAUGAUGUAUUUAGCAUCAUAUGUCUCUGAAGUGUUGGCUUCCAAUAUAAAUAGACACUGUAUGCAUUCAUGAUCCUUUCUGCCUGUCUGUGAGAUUUUCAUUACAAGAUUCCCCUUUGCUGUUAAAGAGUCGUUUUUAGAUGAUGGUGAAUUUCCACAGAGUAGAAAAAGAAACAUUGUCAAAAUUACAUUUACACUGAAUAUGAGGAAGAACAUUUGAAAGAUAUUCUUUUAUGGUAUGAGCAGCGUCAGUUCACCGUAGAGAGUGUCAGUUAGGCUCUCACAUGUGGACGGGUUUCUAAACAGUACUUGCCUCUUCUUUCCCUGACUCAAUACAGUCUGGAAUGAAAUGGUCUUCAGAUCAGCUGCCUUUCAUAUCAUAAGUGAAGAAUAUAUCCUGUGUGCAGGAGCCCCGGAGUUUGCUCUCACUGUCAUAGACACCUUCUACCUGUUCACAAAAGCAAAUGCACCUCGGCGAAUUUCACACAGUGUCAGAUACAACAACGGGAAGAGCUUUCGAAUUCCGGCUUGCAAACUGUGCUACUCCCCUGAUGUGUGCCGAGGCAGCCAGACCAGCACACUUCCCUCUUCCAUAGGGUUUCUAGCUCAGACCCAGUUUGGUUAGUUCUGCUUUGUGCAGUGAAGUAUCUUAGCAAACAUGGCUCCAUGGCUAAUAGUGGAGCGAACUUUAGUUCUUCUUUUUUGUACACGUGUUCCUCUCUGUGAACAACACUGCAGUGGCAGCUGGCUGAUGCAAUUGAACAAUUUAGUGAGCAUGGAAGUGCCUUAUGGGACAGACUGUUUCAGGGUUGGCUUCAGUGGAUGGCCCCAGAAGAAGAGGCCAGAUGGAAGCUGGGUCACAUGACCACCUGCAAGAAGGCUUGUUGAGCCUGGGGCUAACAAAUGGGGAAAGCAGGCGCUGUGUGGAAGAGGAGGCAGGCGGGCUAGGUGCUGGAGCAGCUGGAGAGGGGCAGAAGAGGGCAGCGUGUGAGCUACUGGGGCAAAUCUGGGGCCCUGGGCAAAACAAGACUGAUCAUUUCCAGCAGGAGCAGCUGCAGAUGCCUUGCUGGGGCGACGGGGAGGUGCGUGGGGCUGCAGAAGAAAGAGAUAUGGAGAAUGCCAGGAGCCUGGUGGCCCUUGCAGCCAGCAUGGGCACGUCAUCGCCCUGCAGCCACCCCGAGCAGCAGGUCCAUACAGCUCAGCUGUAUGAGAAGUUCAAGCAGGAGAUGGGAGGCCAGGCAGUGGAGACCCAGCCGUCUGGGAUGGGUCCCCCCGAGGACUUGAGCACUCUGCAAACAGCACUGAGUCAGGCACGCCACGGCAACAAGCCGCCAAACUGCAACUGCGAAGGACCUGACUGUCCGGACUACAUGGAGUGGCUGGAGAAGAAGAUCCAGAUGGUGGUGGAUGACCAGGACAAAAAGCAGUAUGGGGCAUCCGGUGUGCUCCACCAGAGCCAGCAGGAGCAAGCGGCCCACCUCGCCCUUCAGCUAAACAGAGCCACGCCCCCUGCCACCUCCUCUACCCCUUCCCACACCUCUCUCAACUCCCACAUGCCCUGCUCCCUGGCUCCCAUCCCCUGCUCACCCAGUGUUCUUUCCAUUGCCAAGGAAAAAAACAUCAGCCUGCAGACAGCCAUUGCCAUCGAGGCCCUGACCCAGCUGUCGGCCACCGUUCCUCAGCCCGUGGUGCCCCCUGCGGAUGCUUCAUCCACAAAUCACCAUCAAGUUCCACAUCACCUUCCACCCCACUCACAGCACAAUACCCACCUGGUCCUGUCCUCCUCAUCACCCAGGCCACAAUCCGGCCCGCCUGGAAUACACCCGCAGCUGGACUCAUUCUCCUGGGAGCACAGGAGGCAGGUUCAGACAGAGGACCCCAAAACCAACAUGCUCGUGACCUCAAUGCCAGGCGCAGCGCUCCACUCCUCCCCUCACCCACAUGCUGUGUCGCCCUUCCCUGGACCCACCUCCACGCCAGGUGGCCCCCUUCCACCACAGUGGCAGACGGGCCCCAGGAAGCCCCAUAUGACACUGAUUGCCGAGUCCCAGCCUCGCUUCACACCUCCCCCCCACAACGGUGGAGAUCCCAUGUCGGAGUUGAAGCAGCUGCUGGGAGACACCAGUGGCAAGUACGCAAACCCCGCAUUCAGGUCCUCUGCCCCCCAGCACCUCUCACAUCAUGGCCCCCCAGGUCUCGGGGGGCUCCAGAUCAAGCAAGAGAUGGACUCUGGAGAGUACCCAGGCUCUAACUGUGCUGCAAUGGAGAGGUACGGGGCUGUGGCAAAUGGCCGGCCACUGUCCCCUGGGAGCGCGGCUGUGCGCCACUUGACUCAGGCAUCCCUGCAGCAGUACCUGCACCACAAGCGGAACCUUUUCUCCAGCACCUCUGCCGCUGCCCACCACCCACCCUUCCCAGGCUUCCAGGACCUGCGCAAGUGGUGGCCAAAUGAGGGCUCCGCACCCAUCAAGCAGGAGCCCAAGGAGCCUAGGAAGAAGAAGAGCUACUCGUCUCCGUCCCUCAAGCAGCCGCUGGCGGCCGGCCUCCUGCCUCAGCUGGGUCCGACUGUACCCAAACCGAAGCAGAUAGUAAUCAAGAAGCCCAAACAGAAGGCCUCGCAGCCUACCUUCUUGCCACAGGCCCAGAUCUCCUUUCAGAAACCACCACCGAGCCGUCAGGAGAAUAUUCUCCCCCUUCCGGCCAUGGCCAACCUUAUCCCAGCAUUGUUAGCCACAGAACCGGGGCCCCUUCCAGCUCAGACCCCAGCCCACCCUCAGGAAUCUGUUCUGAACAGCGCCCUGGCUGAACCAGCUCACCAGGGUGAUGCUGAAAGCGGUCCUACCCUGCUAGCCUCCUCCGCAGCCUCACUGCCGCAGGGUGACCAGGCUGUCUCAGGGCCGCCAGUGUCAAGAGACAGCAGUCUGAUCCCUGGCACCACAAGCCUGCCCUCCACACCCCAACCAGCCCCCCCACUCAGUCAGCUUGGUGCCCUAAACCCAAAAUUGGAGGAGCUGAUACGCCAGUUUGAGGCCGAGUUUGGAGACGCCCCUUUGCCCGGAACCCAGAGCCAGACCCCAGAACUGAACCCAGCUCAGCCAAAUUCUAACUCAGGACAAGCCGUCCCCCCUGUACCCCCGUCUGAUCUCCCAGAACAGCCCACAAUCCCUGUUGUUGGUCCCCUGGCUGCCACAGGUGUACCCCUACCAGAAGGUGAGGCGAUGGACAUAGGGGGCAUAGAGGAAAAUGGGAACGCAGCCCAAGCAGAACCCCCCCAGACAUCAGCAGGUGAUGGGAUAGAUCAGCAAUGCAAUGGGGAUGCCUCACAGUGUCCCUCAUCCCAGGCACCGGCCUCAGCCCCUGACCCCCUUCUGCAACUGCAGCAGCAGCAACAUCGAGUCCUGGAAGAUCCCUUCACCGUUCCCUUCUCACCGCUGCCAAAGCGCAUGAAGAUCGAGUCGUCAGGGGACAUCACAGUGCUGUCCACCACCGCCUGCUUCUCCACCGCAUCAGAUGACACCGAAACACCCACAAAGCUCGUCCCCCCUUCUUCUCCCUCACUGCGUGGCUUCCUGGAGUCUCCCCUGCGCUACUUAGACACACCCACUAAGAGCCUGCUGGACACCCCCGCUAAGAAUGCUCAGGCCGAAUUCCCUCUCUGCGAUUGUGUAGAGCAGCUCCAUGAGAAGGAUGAUGGCCCAUAUUACAACCACUUGGGCGCGGGGCCCACAGUGGCCUCCAUUAGAGAACUCAUGGAAAACAGGUUUGGACAGAAGGGUGAGGCCAUACGCAUUGAGAAGGUGGUCUACACAGGGAAGGAGGGAAAGAGUUCUCAGGGAUGCCCCAUUGCUAAGUGGGUGAUCCGGCGCAGCAGUGAGGCUGAGAAGGUCCUGUGCCUGGUGAAGCAGCGUGUGGGACACCACUGUGAGAACGCCGUCAUCAUCGUGGUCAUCCUGAUCUGGGAUGGCGUGCCGCGCGCCCUUGGGGACCACCUGUACCGGGAGGUCACCGAAACGCUCACCAAGUUCGGCAACCCUACGAGCCGCCGUUGUGGCCUCAAUGAAGACCGCACCUGCGCAUGCCAGGGGAAGGACCUCGACACCUGUGGUGCCUCCUUCUCCUUCGGGUGCUCCUGGAGCAUGUAUUUCAAUGGGUGCAAGUAUGCCCGAAGCAAGACGCCACGCAAGUUCAGGCUUCAAGGAGACCACCCCAAAGAGGAGGAAAAUCUCAGGGAUAACUUCCAGGAACUAGCUACCAAGGUGGCUCCCCUGUACAAGCAGAUGGCCCCAAAAGCAUACAGCAACCAAUGUGCGAUGGAGAAAACCGCUCCGGACUGCCGGCUUGGCCUCAAGGAGGGGCGUCCAUUCUCUGGGGUCACGGCCUGCAUGGACUUCUGUGCCCAUGCACACAAGGACCAGCACAACCUGUACAACGGCUGCACUGUGGUCUGCACGCUGACCAAGGAGGACAACCGAGUGGUUGGUCAGAUCCCAGACGACGAGCAGCUGCAUGUGCUCCCUCUCUACAAAGUGUCCCCCACCGACGAGUUCGGCAGCGAGGAAAAUCAGCGGAAAAAGAUGCAGAAUGGUGCCAUCCAGGUGCUCAACAACUUCCGGCGUGAGGUGCGCAAGCUUCCCGAGCCUGCAAAGUCCUGUCGGCAGCGCCGGCUGGAGGCCAAGAAGGCUGCCUCUGAGAAGAAGAAAGGGCAGAAGCAGCUGGGAGAGACACCAGAGAAGACCAUCAAGAUGGAGAUGCACCACUCUGGGCCUGCCAGACCACAGCAAGCAAACAAAGCAAUCCCCAAACAGGAGGUGAAACCCACCAUUAAGACAGAAGCAAUGGGCCAGUUCAACGGAGUCUUAGAGGGCUACCCUUCCCUAGGAAACCGCCAGCCAGCUAAAGCGUACAGCAUAAACAAUGUCUACCCCCAUCCUGGUUACUAUGCAAGUGGCCAUGCUUCCAAUGGGCCUCGUCCUCCUCCCCCUUCCCCUGGUGCCGUCAACGGCUUUCACUCCAACCCCGCGCUGCACUAUGGUUACUACGGCUACACCUCCAACACUCUCUUCCCCCACCAGCUGCUUGCCUACGAGGGUCGCAAUGGAGCUUGGCCUAAGGCAGCCGCGGUAGCUGCCUCGUUUGACAAGAAGCCGGAUGUACAGAGCCUCCAGGCCAGCCUGGGCCACUCCUACCCCGACCACCCGGAGGAGCAGCCAAGCGACGCGGCCCGGUGUGGCUACCCGGCAGAGUUUGCCAAGUCUUUGGCCCUGCCUGCCAGGCCCCAGUCGGCACCAUCAGAAAUCCGCAACAGAUCGACGCCCAUCAUCAAGCAGGAGCCUGCUGACAUACCCUUGUACCCAGACUGCGCGGCAAAGGGACCAUCCCGAAGCUGCAGUGUCAACUUUACUUCCACCCCGCAGUCCGACGCCUGGCCAGGGCACAAACCCAAUGGCAGCCUGACCCCAGGGGCAUCUCUGGAGACCUUUGCCACCUCUGAGAAACAGCAGGUCCACCAGCACCCAGCCACCCACCAUCAGCAGCCUCAGCAGCACCAACAGCAAUGGGCCCCCUUUCACAGCGCUGCCACUCCCCUGGCCUCGCCGGCCCCCUCCUUGUCACCCUCAAUCAGGGCAACUCCAUCACCGGCUCCCUCAUCCCACCACUGGGACGGUCAGCAGGUCAGGUCCUGGAGCGCAGGCUUGACAGGGUACGGCUUGGGCCCAAAGCAGAGCGGCACUACAGGAGCCUUCCCUGAGAAGCUUUGGAGCAAGGUGGGUGAAAGCCGGAGCUCCACACCCCUGGGGCUUCAGGAGAAGGCCUGGAAGUCCUGUGGGGGCUCGGCUGCUGGGAGCACGCCGUCGCCAGCACCCGAAGGCCGGCUCUUCCCUGAUGCCUUCCAGCAAGCGGACACACAGGCUUUCUGCGAGCCCGCUGGACCUGAGUGCUUGGCCAAGAGCCAGAGCGUGCGUGAGCAGGAGGAGGAAGAGGUGUGGUCAGACAGUGAGCACAACUUCCUGGACCCGAACAUCGGUGGUGUGGCUGUGGCACCAGCCCACGGCUCCAUCCUGAUUGAGUGUGCCCGGCGGGAGCUGCAUGCCACCACGCCCCUGAAGAAGCCCGACCGCAGCCACCCAACCCGCAUCUCGCUCGUCUUCUACCAGCACAAGAACCUGAACCAGCCCUGCCAUGGCUUGGCACUGUGGGAGGCCAAGAUGAAGCUGCUUGCGGAGAGGGCGCUGCAGCGCCAGCAGGAGGCAGCAUUGCUUGGCCUCUCGCAGAACGACAUCAAGGCCUACGGCAAGAAGCGCAAGUGGGGCGCAGCAGGGGCUGGGGCCAGCCCCGGGCCGAUGCAGGGCAAGGACAGACGAGAAGGGGUGAGCAUACGCCAGGCGUCAACGCAGCACACCGCCUCCGUUGUGACAGUGUCACCAUACGCCUUCACGCAGCUCACCGGGCCCUACAGCCACUGGGCGUGAGGAGGGGGGGGGGCAGGCAAAGGGAGAGUCGGUCCCCCAGCCCCAGCUUGUGGCCCCCACUCUCUACACCAGGGGAUUACUCCUUCAUCCUUGAAAUAUUUUCCCUUAUUUUUUGGUUUUUACCUCAAAUUUGGCAGCGGAUCAGGACUCUGCCUGACGGACCUCCUGCCUGCGGUGCUCUUCCCUCUCUCCGGCGUGAGAGAUGGGUGACAAGUUUCUGAUCCUUAAUACAAUAAUGAUCCUAAUUAUUAUUAUGGCUAAUAUUAUCAAUAUUAUUAUGAUUGUUAUUGUUACUGUCAAUGUUGUUAUUACUGGUAUUAUUAUUAUUACUAUUAUGAGGAUAAUGAUUUGUUUAAUAUUAAUAUUAUUCUUUUCUUUACUGUUUAUCCAUAUGAUAUUCUGUGGGAAUGCUGGGAUCCCUCGUUGCUCAUUUUCUUCCUCAUUAAUCUGGAAACAAGCAAGAUGCAGAUCUUUAUUUUUGUUCCCCCCCCCCCCCCCAUACUGUUUUCGGUUUUUGGUUGGAAUUCUCGCACGAAGACAAGGCCGCGGACGGCGGCGCCAACAUCUUUAAGCUUUAACGGUGACAGAGAACGCUGUCAGACGUGCAACAAAACGAUUGGAGGAACCAUCCUAGAGCCGCAUGAUGCCUGCAACCCAGAAGAACAUGUUUUGGAAGUUCACCGCCCCAGUCCGUCAGAAAUGCUCUUCAAAGACUGGAAAACACACGGGGAAUCCCUUCUGCGUUGUCCUUUGAGCGGGAAUUCCGCAAGGACAUGGAGGACAUACCCUCCUGGGAUAGGAUGGAGGCAGAAACAGCUUCUCUCCUGCGUCUCUCACAGCUGGUGCUUCUUCCUGGUCUAUGCCAACAAAUCGGACGUCUUGGUUUGCCCCGAACGUCUCCUAUCUAACUCCAGCAUAUGCCGUUAGCCCCGAGUAGGCAGGCCGGGCUCGAGUUGACAUCCUUCCCAUCAUCCUUUAGGGGAUGUGUCUUGUUUGCACGCUUGGAAGCUCAGCCUGACCCCCCCAUUCUCACUAAGUCCUCAUGGAGGACAGAGGUGCCCCCUGUGCAAUGGUGCUGACAUGGUUCUAUGUGUGUCCUCACCCCCCCCCCCCAUGUAGACACACCCGCCGACCGGCCCGUGUGCCUUAGCUGGCCAGAGCGGCUUGCGCUGCGGUGCUGGGUCGGUCCUCACGGGUACUGUAAUGCCUUCAGCACACGUACAAACAAUGGUGCUUGUUUAACACACUGAAACAGCCUUGGCCUUUUUCACCUACUGUGGCGGACGUAGCAUGACGUACGCGUGUUUAGUACUGCGUUUCCCAUGUGGAGGUUUACAUGUACACAGCUCCUCCUGGUAAUGCUGCGCUUCUGGGACCCACCAGCCACCCACAAGACCCUAAAGGUCAUUUUAUUGUUUCUCCUUUUCCCACAAAGCAAGUACGCAGUCAGAACAGGCAAUCACAAAGCCAGCUGUUAGCCUUCUCAAGGACCCUGGGAAUGUAAGGAUGCCUUUUCAACUGCAGGCUGGGGCCAUGGAAACGCAGCAUUAUUGAUGGGGAAGAAACUGUAGGGUGAAAAGCAUCCGUAUCUCUAGUGCGUUUGGAAUGUGCGGGUUUCUCUGGCUCCGUGUCGGUGGUGGGUUCCUGAGGGUGCAGGCUCUUGUGAAAGGCAUGUGCCUGCUUCGCAUGUCCGGUCAAGGCGUACUACUACAAUGUUGCCGUCUUUAGAAAGAAGCUCUGAAACGACACGUAGGGGCGUGGGCCAGUGAUGAGCGUUUGGGAGGGGCUGCUCUCGAGAUCUUCAUCGAUGCGCCUUCUGCUGGCCCAGCCAAACAAUAUACAGCUUUAGGCCGCUGAAAAAGGGGUGGUUGGUGGGGCCGAGGUUGGAGGGGCCGGGCGGUGCAGACGAGGAGUCGACUUUUCCAUGGUGCGGCCUCGCUGCAGGCCAUGCCUUUCCUAUGGAAGGCCAGAAACUCCUUGGUGCUCAAAGUGAAUGGAUCCUGGUGCUUUUAAGAGGUCAAUCUCUCUAUACCUCAUGUUGUAAAGACACUGGUCACAGUCACGACAUGCUACCAGCACACGGCUGCUGUGGAGGCCUCCCAAGGCAUCCUUCAUGGCUCUUGUGUGGCUGUUGCCCACACAGUGCGUCACAAUCCACAUCCUCCUUCUUAUUUAUUACAUGCUAAUGAUGCUUAUUAUUAUUGUUAUUGUGAUUGUUGCUCUUUUUCGGUUUUACUGUUUAGUUUUACCUGAUACAAAUUGUAAAUACAGAAGAAAAGAGUUUAUAAAAGCACUUUUAAUCUUGAUUUUAAAGAAAAGCGAAAGAACAGAUUAUUGACAACUUGAAAACUAGUUUUUUGUUUUAAUUGAAUUUUAUGGGGAGAAAUAAGCAAAUGUAAAUACUUAAGUAUAGGUAAGAUUAUUUAACUUUAGAGGGAUAACAACCUAAUCGUGAGUGAACAUGGGGUUCUCCAGUUGUCAGUUUGUUGAGUCCAUAACAGCCGAAGGGAGCAGCUGAUUAGAAUGUGACGUGUCUGUUAUGUGUGUCAGGAACCCUGCUGUACGAAGUACUGUAGUACGUCAGUACCUCUGGAACAGAAAGCAGCCCCAUUCCGGAAGAAAAAAGAUCAUGGGUUGAAGAGUACGCAGAUGCCACAUGGCUAAUGACCAGAAGGUCGCAUGAAGGACAGGAGAGCAGACAGCCUCCUGUCAUUCAAACUGGCGAUAGAUUCUGUUGUCACUUUUAACACGUGUGGCCGUUUAUAAUGUCAGCAAUAGAGGAAGAUGUUUCCGUGAUGUGAAAAACGUUACACGCAGUCGUCAGGUCUACUUGCUAACGAUGGUCUCUUGCGUUAACAGAGUCCCAGACAGUUAUAGCUUAUGGGAUAGCGACGAGACCACGUACAUUUGUUCCAGCUUGCCUCGAUUUUCCUGUUCAACUCUUCUUUUCUCUUGAGAGAUGUAACUCACGCAAAGUUAAAGGCCAUUUUUUUUCUUACUAAAGGAGCUUCGGAUUUGUCAUUUUUUAUUCCAUCUCGUUCUUGGAAAUAGUAAUAACAGGUGCUGGUUUAUUUAUUGACUUUUUUAAAGAUGUAAAUUUGUAUACAGACUUAAUUGUUCAGGAUGGAAAAUCGGCAGUAGUUUGCUCCUAACGGGUGCCCCACUGAUGGGCGGCUGCUGUGAUGCAGUCGCUGAAUUCACUGUGGAAUCGUGGGUAGGGGGUUAGGACAACUACUGGACAGCUUGGGUAUCUGGGCCUUUUGAAGUUGUGACAGGGUGUUUCUAGGAGGAAAGCCACCGUACGGGGAAUGAGAAAUUCACAUGGUGCUGAUUAGUAAAACACCUAUUUUUACAUUUUUGUGAAUAAUGUUUGCAACGGAUAACAUGAUUAGAAUCACUCAGUGAUUUGAUAGCAGUGAGGCAAAAACAUGGAAAAAAAAAAAAAAAAAAACAAGAAAAGCACUUGCAGUGUCAUUGUUUAAUCUUCCCUCACCCUCAAAACACAUGAUACAUGGUCAGGGAAUGUGUUGGAAGUACUUUUAUACAGGUAGUUUGACUCAUGAUAUGGAAGUGAAAAGACUGUUAACUUCCUCUGCACACCACACAUAUCUGGUGCUGAAAGUCCAUCCCCUGUGAGAACAUCUGUUAACGUGUGAGAUGGUCAGAACACUGCAAAGUGCAACCUUUCAUGUGUUUCUCACUCCCUCCCAUUCCCUUUCUCUCUCUCUCUCUCUCUCUCUCUCUCUCUCACACACACACACACACACACACACACACACACAAACAAACACAAAAUGCCCCUCUUCAGCACUGGUCACUGCCUAACCCGAAGCAAUUUGUCUGAUUUGGCCCGUUUUCAAGAGCCUGGGAGCAGAGAAACGCUAGUUUCCGUCUCUAAUAGGCAAAAAUAAACACAUGAACACAAGGCAAAAGAAAUACUCAUUUUUAAGAACUGGCAGCUACAUUCCUUUUAUGAGUUUAAGAUUGUCCUCAGUUUUAUUUUUUUUAUGUCAAGUAUGCAGUAUGUAAAAAAAAGUGUUUUUCAGUCUCUUUCUCUGUAGCUGUAUCGUGUAUUAUGUGAAUACAUAGCGUAUGUGGUACAAUCCACAGUACUGUUUUAUGUUCUGAGAUAAUAAAGGAAUAAAAAAAUGAAGAAACAAAAAUAAAGAGUUGUGUAAAAAAACAUGUUAACGUUUUUAUUAUUAUUAUUAUGGUCAUUUAGAGAUAAUAUGCUAUACUCUGUUUGUGAAUGAAGUUGGCAGUGUGCUUACCAUGAGAUGCUUACUGGAAGGUCUUAGAGCAGCUCUGUACAGAGGGCGGAUUGUCACCAAGCCACAUACAAAGGGCGCUGGGAGUGAGGGUUUAUAGGGUUUAUAGGGACGCUGCCCUGUGGACCCUGUGCUGCCUGGUUUGUUAGUAUUUGUGGUCCCUGGCCAGAGGAAUGGGCCCUAAUAUGGUCGUGGGAAGAAUAUGAGUAUUUGACAUACACUACAUUUGGCAGUUUCCUAAAAUUUUAAGAAUGGUUCUUGUGAUUUUGCUGGUGGAUUGAUGUAAGACUAAAAUGCAUGUUUGGGUAAAGGGGAACCCCCAUUUCUUUGUCCUUGACUAAAAUGUAACGGUGGACAGCACUGGCCAGAACGCUCUCACGGUGCGAGACGUCUUCUGUACAUACCUGUCAUGGCAGCCGCCGGGACACGUCUUCAGCCUGCUAGUCCAGGGCCGGCUCUGACCACACCAACCAGCCUGUGCCUGAAAUGUUGCGCAUGGUGACGUUGCGAUCCCCCUCUAGCUCAAUCUCAGUCAAACCUCAUUGUGAAGCCACAGAAUUCAGGGAAACAGUCACUGUCUAAGUGUCCUGGCUGGCAACUGACUGCCACAACAGCUGAAGUUUGCUUCAGACGUCUUUAAAUUGAAUAAUGAUGGAUUUGCAAUGUGUACAAUAACAUGGAAAAUAUCUAUAUAUGGGAUGAUUGAUAAUACUGCAACUGUAUUAUCAUUUAUUAUCGUUAUUAUUAUUAUUCAAACUGUUUUUAAAAAUACAAUACAAAAUCUAAUUAUUUCAAAUACAUGUGACAUAAUGUAGUCCACAGAUUAGUUCAUUGUUUCAAACGCAGACUGAGUAAGUGAACCGUUUCUCGGGUGUUAUUAAUCUUUGGAGUUUGUGUUACUUUAAACUGGUGGGUGGGUUGGGUGAUGCUGGGUUUGAUUGUUUAAAUGUAGCUCCUUUGUAAUAUGAUCUAUAUGUACUAUUCAACUGUAGAUAUUAGAACAGUCGAAAUUAAGGGUAAUGAACUUCAAUGCAUUAGUAUAUUAUAAUUAUGUCAAUUUCUGGUGUUAAGAUUUUAAGGUUGGCCUCAUGGCUUUAAUACUGACCAUGACUACAGUUCCAUUUUUAAUAAUAAUAAAUUGUGGAGAUUGUCGGAGAAAAUGAGGCAAUGUGAUUUUAUUUUUAAAUGAUUAUUCUACAUUAUUUCUGUUUUAAUGAUAAAGAUGAGUGAAUUUUUUUCUUAUUUAUUUUCUUGUCAGUUUUAUGAGGUUACACAUCCAUCUGGAUUAUGAGCUGUUCGAAUAUAUUUGAAAUAUUGUGGGUGUCUUAAUAAAUUUUAUAUUUAUUUUUUGCACUCAGAA